GCCUUCCUGUACCCUCUUCCGCCUGCCGGCAGCAGCGCCUGGGACGGCUGCAGUGGUUCUGGGCGCUAGGAAGUCAUUCAAGAUGAUUAAAAAAUUCGACAAGAAGGACGAGGAGUCUGGUAGUGGCUCCAAUCCUUUCCAGCAUCUGGAGAAGAGUGCUGUCUUGCAGGAGGCUCGUAUAUUCAAUGAAACUCCUAUCAAUCCAAGAAGAUGUUUGCAUAUUCUUACCAAGAUUCUCUACUUACUGAACCAGGGUGAACACUUUGGAACUGUGGAAGCUACAGAAGCCUUCUUUGCAAUGACUCGAUUGUUUCAAUCCAAUGAUCAAACAUUGAGGAGAAUGUGCUACCUUACCAUCAAAGAAAUGGCUACCAUCUCUGAGGAUGUGAUAAUUGUCACAAGCAGUCUGACCAAGGACAUGACUGGAAAGGAAGAUGUGUACCGAGGCCCAGCCAUCAGAGCACUCUGCAGAAUCACAGAUGGAACGAUGUUACAAGCCAUUGAAAGGUACAUGAAGCAGGCCAUUGUGGACAAAGUCUCCAGCGUAUCCAGUUCAGCACUGGUGUCUUCCUUACAUAUGAUGAAGAUAAGCUAUGAUGUGGUUAAACGCUGGAUAAAUGAAGCCCAAGAAGCUGCAUCAAGUGACAAUAUUAUGGUCCAGUAUCAUGCUUUGGGAGUCCUAUAUCAUCUUCGAAAGAAUGAUCGUCUUGCUGUUUCCAAGAUGUUAAAUAAGUUUACCAAAUCUGGUCUCAAGUCACAGUUUGCUUACUGCAUGCUGAUCAGAAUUGCUAGUCGUUUACUAAAAGAAACUGAGGAUGGCCAUGAAAGCCCCCUCUUUGAUUUCAUUGAAAGCUGCUUGCGAAAUAAACAUGAAAUGGUUAUUUAUGAAGCUGCGUCUGCUAUUAUCCAUCUUCCUAAUUGUACUGCGAGAGAGUUGGCCCCUGCAGUCUCAGUUCUUCAACUUUUCUGUAGCUCUCCUAAGCCAGCCUUGAGAUACGCAGCUGUGCGGACCUUGAACAAGGUGGCAAUGAAGCACCCUUCUGCUGUUACUGCCUGCAAUCUGGACUUAGAAAACUUAAUCACAGACUCAAACAGAAGUAUUGCUACCCUAGCCAUUACUACACUGCUCAAAACAGGAAGUGAGAGCAGUGUAGACAGACUUAUGAAGCAGAUCGCUUCUUUUGUGUCUGAAAUUUCAGAUGAGUUCAAGGUUGUGGUUGUACAGGCAAUUAGUGCUCUCUGUCAGAAGUAUCCUCGGAAGCACAGUGUCAUGAUGACUUUCCUCUCCAACAUGCUUCGAGAUGAUGGAGGAUUUGACUAUAAGCGGGCCAUCGUUGACUGCAUAAUCACCAUUGUGGAAGAAAACCCUGAGAGUAAAGAAGCAGGCCUAGCCCACCUUUGUGAAUUUAUUGAGGACUGUGAACACACAGUUUUGGCUACUAAGAUUCUACACUUAUUGGGCAAAGAGGGUCCCAGAACACCUGUCCCCUCCAAGUACAUCCGCUUCAUUUUUAAUCGGGUUGUCCUAGAAAAUGAGGCCGUUAGAGCUGCUGCUGUGAGUGCUUUGGCUAAAUUUGGGGCUCAGAAUGAGAGUCUUCUUCCAAGCAUCCUUGUACUCUUACAAAGGUGUAUGAUGGAUACGGAUGAUGAAGUACGAGACAGAGCUACCUUCUAUCUGAAUGUGUUACAGCAGAGGCAGAUGGCCCUGAAUGCUACAUAUAUUUUCAAUGGUCUGACAGUCUCCGUACCAGGAAUGGAAAAGGCCUUACACCAGUAUACAUUAGAGCCUUCAGAAAAACCCUUUGACCUGAAAUCAGUUCCACUUGCUGUGGCUCCUAUCUUUGAGCAGAAAACAGAAAUCACACUCGCGGCUCCCAAGCCUGAAAAGUUGGCCCCUUCCAGACAAGACAUUUUCCAAGAACAAUUAGCUGCUGUUCCUGAGUUUAUGAGCCUAGGACCCUUGUUCAAGUCUUCUGAGCCUGUUCAACUUACUGAAGCAGAAACAGAAUACUUUGUUCGAUGUAUCAAGCACAUGUUCACCAGUCAUAUUGUGUUCCAGUUUGACUGUACCAAUACCCUCAAUGACCAGCUACUUGAGAAAGUGACAGUGCAGAUGGAACCAUCAGAUUCCUUUGAAGUGCUGUGUUAUAUCCCAGCUCCCAACCUUACUUACAAUCAACCAGGAAUAUGUUACACUCUUGUUCGUUUGCCUGAUGAGGACCCUACAGCAGGUACUAACCCAUAGGAAAGAGAGCAUACUCGCAUGAUUGAAAAUGCAUUACUUCUUGAGCUUAUAGAAUGUCUGGACAAAUGUUUAGGGUUCAAGAAUACGUUUCUUUUCCCUAUUUUAAUGUACUCAUGAUGACUAUGAUGUGUGUAUGUUUAUAAAAUUGGUUACUGCCGUAGGAGUAUUAAUUUAAAAACUAAAGUUUCUGAGUAAAACCUGCCAGUGAUUUUAUCUAAAAAGAUAAACUACAUGUAUACAGUGGUAGUCCAAAAAAGAACUCGAGUUUUCUAUUGGAAUAAUGUAACCACUAGUGAGAGUUUAUAUAUUUCAUGUCUCAUACGAAGAUUCAUGACCUGGUGAUGUUUCUAGAG